AUGUCUUUACCGUCCGAUAUCAAAGACAACGACAACUGGACGAUCAUUUAUGAUGACCAGAAUGAGGAUAAUCAAAAUGUCAAGACAGAAGAAAAGCCUUCCAGGAGGAGGCAGUCUCUCGCGCGAAAGUUGUCUAUACCAAAGUCAAUGUGUAUCAUGUCUGACAACAAGACUGAGAUAUCCACAGUAGCCGAGCUACUAUCCCCGAAGUUGAAAAUGCCUCAACUUGACUCGGCGGAAAGAGUCUUUCCCAUUCGCUCGGUCGUCUCGUUUGAUUCCACGCCUUCGUCUGCCCUGCAGACACCUUCCAUCGAUAAGCUCGAAGCACCCAUGUCUCCUUUUUCGGACACAUGGAGUGCAGGCUUCACCAACGAACAAGCUGGCUCCCAGCAAAAGAGUCCACCCGGGAAGAGCAUUGACCCUGAGGAUAGUAACUCAACAAGACCGGACUAUCUCACUCGACUGCACCAAAAGAGUGGUGGCGGCAGCCGGAUUUCAUCAAUGCUGGAAGAACAAUCUCACGCCAGCCACAAUCUCGACAAUCUGGCACAAUUAGAAAGCACUGUGCAAAACGGUGGCGAUGUCCUUGACUUCCACAAGGUAACGGAGGGCAUGUGCUACUCGCGUGAAGACGAGGAGGAUGUCUUUAUUCAGUCAUUCGGUGCACUCGUUGUGAUGACAGAGUCCGACGGUAAUUUUGAAGUGCAGAUAGCGAGCGAGAACUCCCAGGAAACUAUUGGGCAUUCUCCUGGAGAACUCUUUGAGUUGCGGACAUUUUGUGAUGUAUUGCCGUCCUCGCAACACAGCAAUUUUCUUGUUCAUGCUCAAUUCGUCUUGAGCGAUGACUACAUUUUCGAGGACUCUGGCCCUGAGGUUUUCUAUCUUUCCGUGCUUUCAUCUGACGGAAUUACCCGGGAUACUUGGUGUACGAUGCAUACGAGUACACUAUAUAAGAACUAUGUGAUCUGCGAGCUUCAGCCUGAGGCUCGAGGGACAAAGGAUCACCCCAAUUUGGAGGGUCCCGGGAGUCAAACGAGAGCAUCUGAUAACCGGAGCUUGGAUAUGACUUCUGGGGCAUUUUUCGAGAAUUUUCAUCCUCCGGGAAAGGAUCUGGAUACCAGAAACUGCAAAGUUUCGGACUCAUCAGAGCUUCUCAAUGCUAUCCCUCGAAUUCUCCGGCGACUGUCAAAUGCUCAAACUUUGGAAGCCCUCGUUCAACACACCAUCACCACUUUGCAAAGUCUAGUUGAAUUUGACAGAACGACCAUAUAUCAUUUCGAUAGUGAUCGUCACGGAACCGUGGUCGCCGACGCGGUUGAUGCUUCUUCAGGGUUAACUUCGUAUGAAGGCAUGCAUUUCCCAGAGUCAACCUUCUCCGAAGGUCUGAAGAAAACGUAUACACGCAAUACUGUAUGCUUCUCUUGUUCAGGAAGUCAAGGUACUUCGAAGCUGGUGUAUCGGGCUUCCACCAACAAAAGGCCCUUUGACAUGUCAAACACCUAUCUCUCUGCAGCACCGGCGCUCUCAACGCCGCAGACCCACAACCCUGUCAGGGCCUGUUUGUCAAUUCAAGUUAUAGUUUUUGGCAGGCUUUGGGGACUUAUCUCAUGUCAAUCCUACGAUAGUGGCCAAAAGCUCCACCCGCUCAUACAAAAGGUAUGUUGGUUCGUGGCUGAGGCCGUUUCAAGCAACAUUGAGCGUCUGUCCUACUCCUUGCCCUUUCAAUCCCGAGAAGCGGACAUCUCCCUGAAUGAAACGAGCACAGUUCAGGCUGUUAAGACUCCACCCGGUGAUCUUCUCGGUCUGUUUGGGGCAGACUAUGCCGCAGCGUCAAUAUUGGGAGAGUCCAAGAUAUUGGGGAAACCAAUCGACUCGCAAGAGGUUCUGGCAUUGUUUGAAUACAUGAAAGUCAGAGAGGAUGACACGGUGUUUUGGUCCAGAAAUAUCGCGACCGAUUUUCAGGAUCUCAACUACUCGCCUGGCUUCCAUCAUAUUUCUGGUUUGCUUUACGUUCCUCUUUCAGUGGACGGUCGUGAUUUUAUCACCUUCUUCCGGGCAGGUCUAGAAAGCAACAGCCGUGCGUCUGAUUCUGAAAGAUUGAGUCGACAAAAAGAGUGGUCUUCCACAGAGUUUGGAAAGGCAUCCGUUCUGUCUUUGCUCUACCGAACUUUCACCAACAUAUGGCAAGAGAAGGAGACUACACUACAAAACAACCAGCUGAUGAGGCUUUUACUCGCUAAUUCUGCGCACGAGUUCAGAACACCUCUCAAUGCCAUCAUCAACUACUUGGAAAUUGUUCUUGAUGGCUCUCUGGAUCAAGAGACACGAGACCACAUUUCCAGAUCUCACUCAGCGUCUAAGUCAUUGGUAUACAUCAUCAAUGAUCUGCUAGACCUCACAAAUGCCGAAAAUGGACAACGGUUGAUUAAGGACGAGGCCUUCAAUCUUUCAGAGACCCUCACGGAAGCAACAGACAUUUUUUGGGAAGAAGCAAUACAAAAGCAUGUCGACCUACAAGUAGUCCAACAUGCAGCCCUACCUCCCGUCCUCGGAGAUCAAAGACGAGUACGCCAGGUGAUCACAAACCUGAUCAGCAAUGCCAUACAGCACACAUCGACCGGGGCAGUAACAAUCGAGUCUUGUGUCGUAGCAGAGCCGCUGGAGUCAGAUCACAUCUGUGUCGAAGUGGCAAUACAUGAUACCGGGUCUGGCAUGUCCCAAGAGAGCGUUGAAACCUUGUUCUGCGAGCUGGAGCAAAUAUCCAACAAGGGAUACAUGCAGAAUCCCAAAUCUUAUGAACGCAAUCCAAGUGGCCAAUCAUUUGAGACCGAAAGUGUGCUUGGUCUAGGACUCGCGCUGGUCGCCCGAAUCGUGCGCAAUAUGAACGGGCAAUUAAGCUUGAAGUCGGAAGAAGGCAAAGGGAGUUGCUUCAAGAUCAGGCUUGCGUUUCCUCUUCCAGAUGAAGAUAGUGGUCAAAAGCAGAACCCGUGUGCUGCAUCAAACGAACCUCAGCAGGAAGAUAAAAGAAGAGAAGAGACGAAGCAAAACAUCAUGUCCUCACAUCGCGUAACAAGUCAGAGAGAAGACGGUAUUCCAUGGGAAUGUGGUCAAAUUUCAGAAUUUGAGCCAGGCAAAUCCAUCGUGACUGUCGAUGUAGGCUUGAGAACCGGCGAGGCAAGGAACCUCUCCCUUUCAGGCCAACGGCUCGAACAGAACAACCAGUCAGAUAAACCAGCCACUAGGAAUAAUUCUGAGCACUCGUCAGAACCAUUCAACCCUCCAGUCAAGGAAACCUCGUCGAUCCCACCAAUCACAAAACCCCCAGCCAAUCAGUCCCAAAUCCCCCAACCAAGCGUUGCUCCUACAAUGAAUUGGAACCUCCACGUCCUCGUCGCAGAAGACGACCCAGUGAACAGUACAAUCGUGCAAAAGCGCCUGGAGAAAUUCGGCCACACAGUGCACAUGACAAGCAACGGCAAAGAAUGCGCAUAUGCGUACAAAGAAAAUCCCACUCGUUUUGAUGCAGUGCUUAUGGACCUACAAAUGCCUAUCGUCGAUGGCCUCGGUGCAACACAGAUGAUACGCGAAUUCGAGCAGCAAGAACUAGCUAAUGAGACCACACCUGCGCCUCACAUUCCCAUUUUCGCUGUCUCAGCUUCCUUACUCGAGGAGAAUCGAAAAAUCUAUAUGGACUCGGGCUUUGAUGGGUGGGUUAUGAAGCCUAUUGAUUUCUACAGGGUUGAUCGGUUGCUUGGCGGUGUGAGGCUUCGAUGGGUGCGGGAGGAGGUUGUUUAUCGGCCUGGUGUGUGGGAGGCUGGAGGGUGGUUUGAGGCAUAG